CUGUAUUGAUAUCUCAGAUCCGAGCUCGAGUCCCUCCGAUCGCCGUCGUGCGUGACGUCAGCGUGAACCCGACUCCCGCGAGCGCGAACGGUUUGCGCGAGGCGGACGUCUCGAGCACGUGCGGAGCGCUUUCUGCGCGCGACCGACGGCGGACAUGCUCCGAGAAGCGCGUCGCGUCGCGAGCGGCGGGACCGAGGACGAGACGGCGGACUCCGGCGCGGAGACCCCGGGAUCCGACUGCAGUAAAAUGUCGUGCUGUAGCAGUGACCUCUCUCAGGAGCGCCUGCUGACCGUUCACCUGCUGACCGACCCCGGCGCGUCUCUGCUGCUCCAGCACACACUGGACCGCCUGCUCAAGCGGGUUCGCCCCGGCCUGCACCUCUUCCACGUGUCCGAGCGGGCCUGUCCCGUUCACGGCCAGCAGCCCGCGGCCGGACACCCCUCGCACGCCGUCACCAUAUUUCUGCACGAGUCCUACGGAGAGGAGCGUAUUCUGCGAGCGCUGGACUUCCUGCAGUGUCCGCCCUGGCAGUAUCACCACACGGAGGCCGGCCCGAGUGACCCGUCCAGCGCCCUGCUGAGGCCUUACCUCCUGCCCAGCCGGGACUUCUACAGCCUGGGCGCGGGGAUGCCGCUGUGGGGCGUCCGGCCCGUGCACUACGGAGGGGAGGUGGUGCGGGUGACUUUACACAGCACCUACGAUAACUACGAGGACGCGGUGCGUUUGUACGAGACGGUGCUGCAGAGGAGGGUGGAGGAGCAGAAGACAGGCUUCUGCUGGUUCACGCUGCUCGCCGAAGACGGCUUCAGUCUGCAGUUGGCCAUCAAGCAGCUGGCGCCCGGGGUGCGGGUGGAGCCGUGUUACUCCACCGUGCUGCAGUUCAGGGUCGGGGAGAUCGGACAGCUCGUGCCCUUACUGCCCAACACCUGCUCGCCCAUCAGCCCCAGCCGAUGGCACACCGAAGACCUGGACGGCAACAAGAUCCUCUUCCAAGUUAAAGCUCCAGCACAAGCCCGAGGCUUCCUGAGGUCUGCGUUUCCUCUGAGCUGUCCCAGGAUGCUGCUGAGGAGACCUGCUUCCACGGCUCCCUGCCGGAGGACGUCCCACCCGAAGCAGCGCUGUCCCCGCCGAGAGAGCGCCGGGUCAGACGGAGCCUGCAGCUCUCCUCCGGGAAGCUCCUGUUACUCGUCCCAGCGCAGCAGCCCCGCGGGCCUCUCGCUCACCUGGUACGAGCCCGCCGCGACCCCCGAAAGCUCGCUGUCCCGCCUCAGGCUGCACGAGGAGGAGCCGGAGACCGACGUGGACACGGGCUGCGCUACAGCGGAGCAUGAUAUUUCUGUGGCGUAUUCUUGUGAAUGUGGUCCGUCCCCCCCUGCUGGUCAGAGCAGCUCCUUAUCCUGUCCUGAUGGAUUCGUCCGGCAGCCGAUCCAGGGCAGUCUGUCCGCCCACCGUCCGGACGCAGUGAUCCGCACCUUUCCAGGAUCAAACCUCCAGUACUGCUGCUCUUUGAAGAAGUACAGCUUCCCGUCGGGCCGGGUCAGGGCCCCGUUGAGUCCGCUCGGAAGCCCCUUCCAGUCCCGCAGGGCACGAGGAUAGUACGGCUCCACGCCGAGAGACUCGGGGUUCAGGACGUAGUAUCUGGAGCCUCUGAAGAGCACCGUGCGUCCCAGCGGCUGGUAGAAGAAGGCACAGUCAGGGUGAUUCGGCAAGCCCAGAUCACUGCUCUUCACGGGGAAACCUGGGUCCAGAUCGGAGCCUGAGAAACGCCAGAUCCGCCGCCCUGACAAGAGGAAGCAUCGCUAAAGGUUUUGGCGCUGGCUUUGUGGGAAAACCACGAGGUUAAAUGGUACUGAAAAAACAGUCAAACUUAAAAAUGGAAACGAAUGGUAAGCUGUUAGAGUAAAAUUCU